UUUGAAGUUUUCAAACUAAAUUCUCAUGACUAUUUUUUGUCGAUUUGGGAUAUCAAAAAUUUUUAAUUGGAUAAUGCAAUAAUGUUUAUUAAUUAUUAAAUAAAAAAGGAUUAUAUUUAUAAAAUAUUUCAAAAUUUUCCGUUUUUUACAAAUUAAGAAAUUCCUAGAAAUGUCGAAUAGUAACGAACAGAAACAUGUACCCGGUGAUGGAAUUCGAUCUAUAAAAACUAGUAAUAUUUUUCGAAUUAUUAAUUACGAAUUAUAUUCAAAACCAAAUAUUGUAAUUAUGGUAUUAGGUGUUUUGGGUUUGGGAGGAAGUUUAGGAUAUAUUGCAUAUAUGCGUCAUAAAUAUGAAUCUUUGGGAUAUUAUGUCGCUGUUCAACCUGAUGGAAAGCAAGCUUUUGUAAAGAAACAAUCCAAGUGGGACUAAACUUAUUCCGUUUAGGCAAUAUUCUCCAUCGAAUUUUUCGAAGUUUAAAAUACAUGGUAAUCAUGUAGAAAAAAUUUACAUAUUUUUGAAAAUGUCGCAGAAAAUAUUUUUAUGAGAAGUUGACGGCAAUGGUAAUUGUAUUACAUAGUUUGAUCUAUUGGGUGUAAGUAUUCGAUUCUGUUUUAAUCAAGAUUGUACAUGAUUUCUAGGCUGUACAUUUUUUAUUUAUAUUCAAAAGUAUAGAUAAUAUUUUCAGAAUAAAACUUUCAAUAUCAGAUUACCGUAAAAAUAGUUAAAACGAUUGCAAUACAGCCAGAGAACAAUCUUUUCUUUUGCACAAAAAUUAAAGCCAAAUUAUUUCAUUGUUAUUCAUUGAUGUUAUUUUUGUUAGUACAUUGUUAUUUGCAGUAAUUAAUACAAUUUCCAACGCUCGCAAAUCGACAUGAGAAUAUUCACUGUCCGCUGUCACAAUAAAAUCAUUUUCCUAUAUCUUAGUCGAUUUCACAUGUUAAAUGAUGCGUAUUGUAAUUCGAAAACCAACGAAGU